GGGCUCGUCCGGGAUAUCUGUGUCCACGGCCUGGGCCUGGCCAUCAACAGAGCCAUCAACAUCGCCCUCCAGCUGCAGGCCAGCAGCCAGGGGGUGCUGCAGCUGGCAGCCAACACCUCCACCGUGGAGCUGGUGGACGACCUGGAGCCUGAAGAUCCAGACGAGGCCGGCGAGCACCUGACGCGUACACGCAACAACUCAGCCAUUCAUAUCAAGGUUUUCUACCCUGACCCCCAGUGACCGAAGUAGAGGUGUGCUAUUUGUUCCCUCAUAAA